AUGGCAAUGGGAGCAACCCUUCCUCUCUCUCGCCAUCUCGUAAGCCUGGUUGCCCUCCUUGCUCUAAGCCAAGCUUUCUCCGCAACUGCCCAAACCUACACCAACGUAACCCAGGGCACCAUCCUCACUCCCCUCGGCUCAACCAACUCCUGGCCCUCCCCCUCCGGCGACUUCGCCUUCGGCUUCCGUGCGCUCGACUCCAACGCCUCCCUCUUCCUCCUCGCCAUCUGGUACAACUCCACCUCCCCCCAGGCCAUUGUCUGGUUUGCCAACGGCCACAACCCGGUCCUGGCCGGGUCCAAGCUCGAGCUCACCUCCGACGGCCAAUUCUUCCUCACCGACCAGUCCGGCAACGAGGUCUGGAACCCCGGCGUCAGCAACGCCUCCUACGCCGCCCUCCUCGACUCCGGCAACCUCAUCCUCGUCUCCUCCAGCUCUUCCUCCCCUCUGUGGCAGAGCUUCGCCUCGCCGAACGACACCCUCCUCCCGGGCCAAACCCUAUUGCCAGGAUCCAGUCUCCGGUCACGGCUGACAGACUUGGACUACUCCGAAGGCCGGUUCGAACUCCUCGACCAGAAGGACGGCAACCUGGUGCUCUACCCGUCGGCAAUGCCGGCCGGAAACUUGUACAAGGCCUACUGGGCCACCGGCACCGUGGACUCCGGCUCCAACUCCCGGCUCGUCUUCAACGAGUCCGGCAGCCUUUACCUUGCUCUCACAAACGGUACACAAAUGGCCAUAUUCUCCAACGGCACCUACUCGACCAACGACUACUACCAGAGGGCGACGCUCGACCCCGAUGGCGUCUUCACGCUUUACGUCUAUCCGAAGAGCGCAUCCAAUGGGCAGCAGGAAUGGCAGGUGGCGGGAACCACCCCUCCGAACAUUUGCACCGCGAUCAUGAACGAUUACGGGAGCGGGGCCUGUGGAUACAACAGCUACUGUGUGUCGAACGGCGACAGUGGGAAGCCCGACUGCCUGUGCCCGCCCAACUAUUCAUUCAUCGAUUCGACGAGGAAAUAUUUAGGGUGCAUGCCGAGCUUUGCGCCGCAGAGCUGCGAGCGGAACCAGACAGAUUCGUUCGAAUUCCAGCCGCUAGCCCAAAUCGACUGGCCGCUGUCAGACUACGAGCUUUACACGACCGUGGACGAAGACCAGUGCAAAGAGUACUGCCUGAGCGACUGCAUGUGUGCCGUGACCAUCUUUAAGAAUGGAGACUGCUAUAAGAAGAAGCUUCCCCUUUCCAACGGGAGGAAGACGUCGUCUUUCCCCGGGACAGCUCUGAUCAAAGUGGCCAAAAGCAACCCUUCCACGCCUCAGCCGCCCGGUUCGACCGCAGCUGUCGAGAAGAAGGAUCGGAAAACUUUAAUUCUAGUUGGAUCGUUGCUUCUGGGGAGCUCCGGGCUUCUGAAUAUGGUGUUCCUGGCUGUGAUAUCGGUGAAUGCCCUCUGUCGCUACGGAAACAGGAGGCCGAUUAAACCAGAAUCGAGCGUGCCCGGAAUGAACAUGAGAGUUUUCACUUACGGUGAGCUCGAGCAGGCUACAAAUGGAUUUAGUGAGGAAUUGGGCAGUGGAUCAUUUGGAAGGGUCUAUAGGGGGUCAUUAACAUUGGACUCAAGAACGUGGAUCGCAGUGAAGAAGUUAGAUAGGCUGCUCCACGAAAACGACAAGGAAUUCAUGAACGAGGUGAGAUCGAUCGGCCAGACUCACCAUAAGAAUUUGGUCAGAUUGCUCGGUCUCUGCAACGAAGGGGUGCAUCGGCUUCUGGUAUACGAGUACAUGAGCAAUGGAUCAUUGAAGAGCUUUCUGUUCGCGAGCGAGAGGCCACAUUGGAACCGGCGAACCAAAAUCGCAUUGGGGAUUGCCAGGGGAGUCCUAUACUUGCAUGAAGAGUGCAGCGCUCCGAUUAUCCACUGUGAUAUAAAGCCAGAAAACAUACUCCUAGAUGACAAUUUUGUCGCUAGGAUCUCAGAUUUUGGGUUGGCCAAGCUUCUAAGAACCGACCGGUCUCACCGAACGAACACUGGCAUCAGGGGAACCAGAGGAUAUGUUGCUCCCGAGUGGUUUAAAAAUGCGCCCAUCACCGCAAAGGUGGACGUCUACAGCUUUGGCGUCGUGUUGCUUGAGAUUAUUUGUUGCAGGAAAAGCUUAGAACGAGGGGUGGGAAAUGAGGUGGUGAUGGUGCUCACUUAUUGGGCUUGUGACUGCUACAGAGAAGGGAGGUUGGACCUCCUGGUGGAGAAGGAUGAAGAGGCUAUGGCGGACAUGAGUGUAGUGGAGAGAUUUGUAAUGGUGGCCAUUUGGUGCAUCCAGGAAGAGCCAUCUCUAAGACCCUCAAUGCAGAAGGUGAUUCAGAUGCUAGAAGGAGCAGUUGCGGUUCCUGCUCCCCCAGACCCUUCCUCCUACAUCAGUUCAAUCCGCUAA